AUGGCUGCAACCAGACUUGAGAAUGAGGAUCACUCCCGCGAUGCCGCUUUCAACAAAGCAAUGCAUAAGGAUUCCGCCAAUGCUGAGGGUGGUUUCCGUGCUAUGAUGGGGAAAGAUUCCUCAGCUCAAAAAGCGGCUGUUGAUGAAUACUUCAAGCAUUUUGACAACAAGACUGCCAAGGAUGAAACCAAAGAGGAUAGAGAUGCAAGAGUCGCUGAAUAUGCUACUUUGACAAGACAUUACUACAAUCUCGCGACCGAUCUUUACGAAUACGGAUGGGGACAAUCUUUCCAUUUCUGUCGUUUCGCAUACGGUGAACCUUUCUAUCAAGCCAUUGCCCGUCACGAACAUUACCUCGCGGCCAAGAUUGGUAUUAAGGAUGGCGACAAAGUUCUCGAUGUUGGAUGUGGUGUUGGUGGGCCCGCGAGAGAGAUUGCUAAGUUCACUGGAGCACAUAUUACUGGGUUGAACAACAAUGAUUAUCAAAUUCAACGUGCAACCCGAUAUGCGCAAAAGGAGGGUAUGGCAGAUCAAUUGAAGUUUGUUAAGGGAGAUUUCAUGCAAAUGUCUUUCCCAGAAAACUCCUUCGAUGCUGUCUACGCAAUUGAAGCCACUGUUCACGCACCAUCCCUCGAGGGUGUCUACUCCCAAAUUUUCAAGGUUCUCAAGCCAGGUGGAACCUUUGGUGUCUACGAAUGGCUCAUGACUGAUAACUACGAUAAUGACAACGAGCAUCACCGUAACAUUCGUCUCGGUAUCGAGCUGGGUGACGGAAUCUCAAAUAUGGUCAAGAUUUCCGAGGGUAUCGCCGCCAUCAAAGCCGCUGGUUUCGAACUUGUACUCCACGAGGAUUUGGCCAAGAGACCAGAUGCUACCCCCUGGUAUUACCCUUUAGCCGGUGACUUCAAACAUAUGGGUACCAUUGGAGAUUUCUUCACUAUUGCUCGUAUGACCAAGACUGGUAGAGGAAUAGUACACAAAUUUGUUGGUGUUUUGGAGUAUUUGAAAUUGGCACCACAAGGAACACAAAAGACAGCUGAUUCAUUAGCUGUGGCUGCUGAUUGUUUGGUUCAAGGUGCCAAGGAGGAUUUGUUCACACCUAUGUAUUUGAUGGUUGCUAGAAAGCCUUUGGCUUAA